AAAAAAGGCAAAGGAAGUGCGUGCGAAGAGCCAGGAGGCAGCACCAUGGCGGAGACGGACGCUCCAGACCAGGAGAGGCAAGACGAGGCUCAAGACAAGAUGAUUGCCGAGGAGUACAAGAUCUGGAAAAAGAACUCCCCAUUUCUUUACGACCUAGUCAUGACACACGCCCUGGAAUGGCCGUCACUGACCGUGCAAUGGCUUCCUGGUGUAAAAACGGCGGAGAACAACCCUGAAUACGCGACGCACAAGCUCUUGUUUGGGACGCACACCGCGGCGGGGGAACAGAACUACCUAAUUCAAGCCAACGUGAACUUGCCCUUACCGGACACAGAGAUCGACGCCAAGAAGUACGAGGACGAACGCGGGGAGGUGGGGGGCUUCGGAGGUAUGAACUGCAAGGUGGAGGUGAAGGUGAAGAUCGCGCACGAGGGGGAGGUGAACCGGGCCCGAUACAUGCCGCAGAACCCCUUCGUGGUCGCCACCAAGGGCCCGAGCGCCGACGUCUUCGUCUUCGACAUCACCAAACACCCGUCCGCCCCCGGACCCAACGACAGCUUCCGGCCCGAGCACGUUUGCAAAGGGCACGCGCGCGAGGGCUACGGGUUGGCCUGGUCGCCUGCGGCCCCCGGGCAGCUCUUGAGCGGGAGCGACGACGCGCGCGUCUGUCUCUGGGACAUGACCCAGGCGGGGAGGAUGGUGGAGGAGGUGCGAGUCUUCCGGGGGCACACCUCGGUGGUGGAGGACGUGGCAUGGCACAGCGCCCACCCGCAUCUCUUCGGCUCCGUCAGCGACGACAAGAGCCUGGCGCUCUGGGACGUCCGGGAAAGCGGGAGCCAGCCCUCCCACGCCCGGGCAGGGGCCCACGAGGACUUUGUCAACUGCCUCUCCUUCUCCCCCCACUCGGACUUCUUGUUCCUGACGGGCUCGGCGGAUCGGAGCGUGCGGCUCUGGGACCUUCGGAGUCUGAGUGCCCCUCUGCAUACUUUCGAGGGCCACGAGGACGAGGUCUUCCAGGUCAAGUGGGCGCCAUUCCACGAGAACGUCUUCGCCUCCUGCGGCGCGGACCGACGCGUGAACGUGUGGGAUAUUGCCAAGAUUGGGGAGGAACAGUCUCAGGAGGACGCCGCGGACGGCCCGCCCGAGUUACUCUUCAUCCACGGGGGGCACACGGCCAAGGUCAGCGACUUGGCCUGGAACGAGGAGGACCCCUGGGUGGUGGCGAGCGUGGCGGAGGACAACAUACUGCAGAUAUGGCAGAUGGCCGACAACAUAUAUAUGAUGGAGGAGGAGGAGGAGGAAAUGGGG